CUAUAAAUGUAGUUAUGAGUCUGAAAUUUUCAGAAUGGGUUGACAUAUUCUGUUAACCUGUCGGCUAUUGUCGGUGUUGUAGCCGAGUUUCAUGUUCGUCUCUGUACCCACACCGAUGACGUAUUCCGCGCACACACCCAGUAGUUUUAACACCUUCGUUAAUAUGUUCUUAUAGCAAGUAUAGUUUCAAUGCAAAACAAGCAUUUGUUAGCAUUUACUAAAAGAUCAUGGCGCCGUGGAACUCAUAUAGGACUUGUACGGCUGUAACUAGUGUUAUACUGUUAAUCUCUGGCCUAUUUCUAAUAGCCUUUUGGUCGAGUUGUUAUCAACAUUGUUUAACGAAAAAUGAAGCAACAAAUGACGCUGCGUCACCUCUAUGGACUGGUAUCAUUGUUUCUUUAGUCGGUAUAUUUGGGAUGUUCGCCUCAUUUCUCUACUGGCAACCAAAGAAUGACAUAGCAUUUGUAUUUAUGAACAUGAUCCUUAUACUAUGUUCAAUAGUAUGUGUCGCCCUCUCGAUAUACGCAUCGUACAAAGAAUGGAAGGCAUAUGACGCUGCAACGGAAACUAGCGUUGAAAACUACACAGUGCUCGGAGUGGUUCUCUUCGCCCUGAUGGCCUUCUUCGCCUUCUUGGUACUUAUAGUAAGCGUACUUUGGACGUGCUGUUUUUGCUCUUGGAGAGACACAUGGGAUGAGGGGCCAAGAAUGGCAGAUCCUAAUCCUCACACAACUGUCAAAGUAAUUGAAAUUCCACGCUAUUCAGUUUAUGGAUCGUCAAAAGACUGGCGGGGUUACAGCUCCGAUGUCGGAAGAAGACCACCGUCAUCCCUAUUCGAUAAAAGAAGAUCGCCCAAUCCUUGGUGGAGAUCGUACCGAAGGCGUCCUUACGACCCUUAUUAUUGGCCGGAGCGACGAUCACGACGCCAUCGGCCUCGCAACUGGUGGAUGGCGUAUCCCCCGUACGAUAGCAGUGUAAGCAGCGCUGCUAGGUUAAAUACUCGUUAACGAAACACUGUCUGUGUCUAGCUGAAAAUAAUUUUUAAAAAAAUUUAAACAAUAAUAUUUUAAUUUGAUACUUAUUUUAGUAAGUUAUCAACUUUCAAUUGAACAUUCAAACAAGAAACUUUACCUUACCUAUUAACAGACAUACUGUAUAAAUAGGCCUAUUAUUCCUACAGUGUAUUAUUUUUAUAUGGACAGUUAAAUUGGCUGGUAAACAAUUUAAGGUUUUUGUAGUUAAACGUCUGUAGAUCAGUAAAAAUCCCAAUUGUUCUCUCAUUAAAUUUGAUUAAUUAUUUGAUCAUCUUUAAUACAAAAAAAAUCAUAUUUAAUUGAUUUAAUGGGGGGGUUUUUUGGCCACAGACAGUAUAUCUUUAUUUAUUAAUCGCAAUUGGUUAUUAAAGUACGGUUGCUAUUCCAAGAGAUAACCUAGUGGAACUUUCCGCUAAGACCCAGUCCUUGGAUAUUGUUGCUAAUGCUCUGCUAAACACUUGCGUUUGUGCGACAAGACUUUUUCUGGCAAUGAUCUGAUUGGUCGAUUGGUUGCUAUGUUCGAUUGAUAGGCCUACACGAAAUUUCAGCUGUCAGCUAAUGCGCGUGUAGAUAAUAAAAAAUGCUAUGUUAUAGGCAGGGGGUUUGUGAUUUUUAUAUUUAUCAACUGACCUGAAAUUAAUAUUAGGCCUACGUAAGAUCAUAGAGUGACACGUUAACAUUGACGUAAAAGAAGUCAUUUAGAAGCUUCAAAGGUCUUUCCGCUAAGCCAGCCCCGGACGGUCCUAUAAAAUGACAGUGUGAGCAUGUGGUUUUGUGCGUAUUCCUGAUCGUGUUCUCAUUGGUCAGUUUUGAGUGACAACCCCUAAAGGUCCAUUACACAGGUCUAUGUGAAGCUGUGGCUUGCUGGUAAAGACACUCGCUUUGCAAUACCAUGGUAUUUGGUUCUUUUCUUUAAAAAAUACAAAACCUUAAAUUGGUUUUGAUAAUCAUAUACUAAUUUGAGUAAUGAUACAAGUGUUUGUUACGAUUUACCUGGAAGAUAUAUCGUUGCGCCAUCUUUUAAGGCGUCUUAAUUAAGAACAUAGUUCGAGUUCCUAUAUAGGCCUACGUAAAGCAAAAUAGCGUAAAAUAACAAUUUUACACAAAUCUACAACACAUGUGAGAAUUCAUUAUUCAAAUUACUUUGGUACAGUAGAAUGUACUAGAGUAAUAUUUAGUAAUAGGUAAAUGAACUAAAUAACAGUGACCUUGGUAAUCCCCUAAAUAUAAGCAAAUUAUUAUUUUUUUAAUAAAUACGUGACGAAUAAGAAAUGUCUAGAUCUAUCACAAAAUUUUAGCAUAUACUCUAUAAUCCAGCCUUUAUCAAAACUGGUUGUGUCAACACUUUACAGAACUAUUGGAUCGCAAUUGUUCUAUUGUUUGUCUUUUAUUUGCAAAGGUUACACUAUCUAAAAAAUUAAGGUUAAAAGACGUAAAAAAAACUCCACUCCCCAAAAUUCAGCAGAGGCAGUUACAAAUAAAUAACUAUAAAAUUGUAUAAAUGUUAAACUGUUUCUAUUUUAUAAAUCGAGAAGCAAAAACAAGUUUUAUAAAUGCAUUACAUAUAAUUUAAUUUGGAAAAUACAAAAUAUUUUAUCAUUGUGAGUUCUCAAUAUUCAUACAAAUUGUUCACUUAAUUUAUUUUAAAUUGGUAGAGGAGUUGUUAUAGGUGGUAUCUGAAGUAUCAGAUUAUGAGUCUGAAUGUGUUUAUUGGUCAUAAUUAUUCAAAAAAUAUAUUAAGGAGAUAGCGACUAUAUUUGGAAAAAUAAAUAUAUGUUAAAAUUAGCGGAAGAUAAUGAUGCAAUAGGACCCAAUAUUUCCGAAGAUGUAGUAGGGUCUUUCUAGUGGUGAAUUUUACAGUACACCGAGUGACCAUCUCAAACUACAAUGACGAAUUCAUAUUUUUGUAAAGUAUCGUUCUAUACAAUAUCAGUCUGAUGUAUUCUAUGCAACUCUUUUAAUGAUAUAUCUUAGAUACAAUUCGAACGAUAUAUUUCUAUGUAAAGUCUAUAUCGUAAAAUAAGGGGACAUGUCUAUCGACUCUUAUGGCACUCUCACAUUAUUCCGUCUUGGAGGGCCUAUUGUAUUUAUACAAUUAGGUACGGUAGGUGUUUGAAUCUUCUGCAAAUGUCGAACGUGUUUAUAAAUAUUGAUGUUAUUCUUAAAUAUACAGUUGCUUCGUGUUAAUUUACCUUAUAAAAUGUUUAUAAUUUUCUAAACUAUUUUAAUAAUUUUGAAAAAUUUCUUGACUAUAGAUCUGUAAAUCGCUAUUAGUCCUAUGCUAAAUCUGUUCAGGGAUUUGAAUACAAAAUAAUUACAGUUGCUAAUUGUAUUCUAGCUAAG